GAAAUGAUCCCAGAUCAGUGUCUGUUUCGGUGUCAUGCCAUCCCCCAUCGCGCUGCUAGGUGCGCGCCAGCCUCGCGAUAGCCUCGCCUACAAGAAUCAGAGCUCCGCUCGCGAACUGGAUGCUGACAGGCGCGCGGUGCGGUCAUCAUGCAAAGGUUACAUUGGAUCCGUUUCAGCGAGUGUCUAAAGAAGCCGCUCCUCCGCAGGACCCGCACGGGUUAUAAAAUGCGAGACGUCUAGCAACACGAAAACGCUUCAACUCACGUUUACUCGCCUGUUAUGUUACAGCAGGUGUCAAACGAUGGACGCAAGUUUGGGAUUUCCGCGAACGGCAGUGUGUACGCUGGCUCCUCUCGGCGGUAAAGUGGCUUCAUGAGUGUCCAAAGUAACAGUGGAAGUGGUGGUGGAAGUUUGGAGGCGACGCCAUCUUGGUCGCAGCUCUCCUCGUCCCCAACGAUUUCUCAACAACAUAUAACGGCGACCGCAAAGAGCAAGGAAGGCCCCAUGGAGGAGCUGCACAGCCUGGACCCCAGGAGACAGGAGCUGCUGGAGGCCAGGUUCACAGGAGCUGUCAGUGGCAACACAGUAGGCAGCACUGGGAGCACCAGUGGAGGUGCUAAGGGUCUGGCCAAUGAGUCCUCUAACCACAGCUAUGGCAGUCUGGGUUCAUCUAGCGACAAGGAGUCAGAGAACUCUGAUUUGAAAAGAGGGAGCUCUCCUGCCUACUCAACCCCAGAGAAGAAGCACUCUGAAUCAUCCAGAGGGAGGAAAAGGAAAGCUGACACCUAUUCAGAGAGUAGUCAAGGGAAGACCACCACACGUGGGCCCAAGAUUAGCGACUACUUUGAUUUCCAGGGUGGAAAUGGUUCCAGUCCAGUCAGAGGCCUCCCAUCAGCUCGCCGCUCUCCACAGAACUCACACUCUGCCCCAGGCUCAAUCAUCCGGCAAAAUAGCUCCUCUCCUACGAGUCUGUGUUUUGGGGAACACAAUCCCAAAGCCUCCUCUAGCAAGUGUGUCCAGACGGACUUAACAGGCCUGAAACUUGCUGCUCUGGAGAGCAACAAGAGUCUUGACUUGGAGAAAAAAGAGGGGCGAAUAGAUGACCUGCUCAGGGCUAACUGUGACCUACGGAGACAGAUAGAUGAACAGCAGAAACUCCUGGAGAAGUACAAAGAGAGGCUCAAUAAGUGCAUCACCAUGAGCAAGAAACUGCUUAUAGAGAAGAGCACCCAGGAGAAGCAGUCAUGUCGUGAGAAGAGCAUGCAGGACCGUCUCCGUCUUGGUCACUUCACCACUGUCAGACACGGGGCGUCCUACACGGAGCAGUGGACCGACGGAUACGCAUUCCAGAACCUGAUCAAGCAGCAGGAGGGCAUCAACCAGCAGCGGGAGGACAUAGAGCGACAGAGGAAGCUGCUGGCCAAGAGGAAGCCUCCAAACCCUGCAUCUCCCUCCCUCUCAGUGGCCUCCACGUCUGAACCCAAGCAGCGCAAAACCAAGGUGGUCAACGGCAACGACUCUGACCCCUUCCUCAAGCCCUCCUUGCCCCAACUACUGACCCUCGCUGAGUACCACGAGCAGGAAGAGAUCUUCAAGCUUCGCCUCGGACAUCUGAAGAAGGAGGAAGCGGAGAUCCAAGCAGAGCUGGAGCGGUUGGAGCGAGUGAGGAACCUCCAUAUCAGAGAGCUGAAGAGGAUAAACAACGAGGACAGCUCAGCGUUUAAAGACCACCCUACCCUGAAUGAGAGGUAUCUGCUGCUGCACUUGCUGGGCAGGGGCGGCUUCAGUGAAGUCUAUAAGGCUUUUGACCUGUUUGAGCAGCGCUACGCAGCUGUUAAAAUCCACCAGCUCAACAAGAACUGGAGAGAGGAGAAAAAGGAGAACUACCACAAGCAUGCAUGCAGGGAGUACCGGAUACACAAGCAGCUGGACCAUCCCAGAAUAGUCAAACUGUAUGACUAUUUCUCCCUGGACACUGACACGUUCUGCACUGUCCUGGAGUUCUGUGAAGGCAACGACCUGGACUUCUACCUGAAGCAAAACAAGCUGAUGUCAGAGAAGGAGGCGCGCUCCAUUGUCAUGCAGAUUGUCAGCGCCCUGCGCUACCUCAAUGAAAUCAAACCCCCCAUCAUCCACUACGACCUCAAACCUGGUAACAUCUUAUUGGUGGAUGGUACUGCGUGUGGAGAAAUCAAAAUCACAGACUUUGGCCUGUCUAAGAUUAUGGAUGAUGACAACUACGGCGUGGAUGGGAUGGACCUCACAUCACAGGGAGCAGGCACCUACUGGUACCUUCCUCCAGAGUGUUUUGUGGUGGGGAAGGAGCCCCCGAAAAUCUCCAACAAGGUGGACGUCUGGUCUGUGGGAGUGAUUUUCUUCCAGUGCCUCUACGGCCGCAAGCCGUUUGGUCACAACCAGUCACAGCAGGAUAUUCUCCAGGAAAACACCAUCCUCAAAGCCACAGAGGUCCAGUUCCCUGCUAAACCACAGGCUAGCACAGAGGCCAAGGCGUUUAUCCGGCGCUGUCUGGCCUACCGCAAGGAGGACCGGUUCGAUGUUCACCAACUGUGCUCGGACUCCUACCUCCUCCCUCACAUGAGACGUUCAAACUCCUCCGGGUCCCUGCAGCCCUCCGCCUCAUCUCUGCCUACCUACUGACUGGCUCUCUCACAUGACUGACAGGACCCUCUGACCAAUCUCAAGGCAGGAUUGUUGGAACUGGAGGAUAAUGGAUGUGGAUCUCUUUUUUUUUUUUUUUGUCUACUAGAGCUGUUCCCAAAUGGAUACGUUGGCACCAGAGGAGAAUUAAAUUGGGAAAGAUGAGAUGGAAAAAGGGUGAAUACGUGAAAGGGGGAUACUCCCUUUGCAUAUGUUGUACAGAGAUGUGCCCUUGAACUCAGCUGUGUGAGAUACGGGAAAUGAACAAAAUUCGAAAACAGAGAGAGAGAGAGGGCCAAUUGUUUGGAGCAAGAAAUGAAAAUGAUGAAGCUCGUGCAUUUCUUUAUGGACUUUAUUAAAUAACCCCUUCAGCAGCUAUAGGAGCUGCUAGAUGCCCUAUCUAAGCCCACCUCUUUAACUCUCCACCAUAAUACACCUCACAAGAUGGCUUAGAUGUUGUUCGACAUAAAGCCACAGUUGUAGUUGUUCUCUUGUUAUGUGAGGGUGGCGUUGACCAGCGGGAAGCAGCAGAAAGGGGAGUGUCUGUACGUCAGAUUUGGAGCACCUGUUCAAGUCAACUCUGCAGUCCAUUUUUAUGAGGCACAAAACGAUGGUUACAUUUCAUUAAUUUGCCCUCGUAGUCCCUCUGCACUCGACAGGGGUUCACUUAAAAGUGAUGUUGUAACCUUGAUGGGACUCGACUAAAAAAAGAAAAAUGUUCCAGAUGAAAUUUCUGGGGUCAGUUUGCACUUGCAGUCCAGAUUGUGGUGGUCUGGUCUCACACAUUUGGCAUGAAGUACUACAGCGUGGGCUAGUUCUGGACUCCUCAGUAGCCAAGUCCUCUGCACACAUUUUUUUUUUUGUUUUGUUGCAAAGCAAUUCAGAUCUACUGCCGGCCAGGAAGUGGAUCUGUGAAUCUGUCUUAAUCCAUUGUUGUUCAGAUAAGAGUCCAAAACAGCAGAGUAUUACAGCACCGUGUUGUCAUAGACGUCCUCAUCAAGCUGCCUGAAGAGAGUUGGACUGAACUGAGGGACUGGAUCAGCUGUUGCUGUUACUGUACUGCAAAGACUCGGGACACAGAGUUUAGUGUACAUUUCAUGUGCAGGAGACAUUACUCACUAGCAAAUACAUAAUAAUGAGGCUUAUCCUUGCUUCCCAGUGUCUCACUUUGCUCCGUUUAUUUGUGUUUCCUCCUGAAAGCUGUUCUCAGUUUGCUGCUAUAAAUGUUGCUUUUAGUUUGUAACGUGUGAAUGGUUUCCGCCUGGCAUAUGUGCAUACUUGAACUGCGUUAAGAGGAACACCCUCCAGAGCCCCUUUACCGAAACGUACACCCGCUGUGCUGCUCGGGGAGGGGGCUCGGGAUGCAGCACGUUCCUCUGCCACCAACAUCAAUGUCCACACGGGUUUUUGUUUACUUUCAUGUACAAGUCCAACAGAUCUUAUAUGGAGCAAAGUCCCGGUAGGCUGUGUAGAGAGGAAUGUUCAUGCCGGUAGAAGUGGGCACGCUCCAGGUUGGCUGUGUUGCAGCAUGAUUUCCUGCAGCUAGAAAUCAAGUGGAUAUAUCCGAUUGUUGUCGUCCUGUAAAUAAAAAAAACACUUACCUGUACGUUGUUGUGACAUUUUAAACCCUCUCAAACGCAGGCAACCUGGACUCUGCCCAAAGCACGGCCGCGGCAACAAAGAGAAGUCUUCCUGGGCCAGAAGUCACGUAAAAGACAAGUGGGAGCAGUUAACAGGAAGUUGUGGGCGUCUCCUCUUCUCUCCUGAUUUAAAAAUCAGCUUUAGUUGAUUUUCGGUGUGCGAGCCAUAAGAUGAACAAAAAAAAAACCAAAAAAAAAACCCUCCCUUGUAGUUUCAGGAA